AUGGACAUUUCGGAAUUCCUCUCUGAAGGGGAUGUCGAGAUGCAACAAUUGUCAGAAGACAAUGGACGCCAUGUGGGCCAUUCACGUGACAUAUCACAUGAUGCUAACCUUUCACCCCACCCUUCACGUGACUUCCCACGUGAAUCCACAACCUCUUCAAUCCCCUCGAGACUCAACAUGACCGACUUUCUGACAAGCGUCGCACCAGACACUGCUGAGCCCGCAGUGCCUAAUACUGCCUGUACAUUAGUGGGUGAUCACGUGGCCAGCAGCAGUGGCAGUAACAAUACCAAUCACGUGACUCCGACCGACAGUCCAGGCGGCGGCGACGAGGGUGGGUUCAUGUCUACUUCAGCCAAUUCUGAGACUCAAAGAAUGAGUGGUGUAUUCAAGACGUCGAAGCCGGGGCAUGGAGUCAAUGAUCACGUGAACAUGGACUUUUACACGCCUCCCACAACAGCUGGACCUCCAACUAGAGGUUCACCUGAGUCGGUACCGACCACAGCCGCAUCUACUUUUCCGUUACGGAAGCGAACCAGGGCUCAUUUGAGAGCACGUGACAAGUCAGAUGGUCCGGCGCCUUCUUCACGUGGUACUUCUGAUCGACUUUGGUCUUGGGUUUUUCUCAAGCAGCCUUUGAGUCUUCCUGAGCACAACUAUCAGGCACAUUUGGGUAAUAAUGUGUUUCUCAUUGGCGGUAGAUUUCUUUCAGCUCGCCAGAAACCGCUGAAUAUUGCUGUUUUAUGUGUCAUUUUGAUUCUAGGAGGUCUCUACUAUGGAUUUGUGGCUCCCUGGACGUGGAAUCAUAUCUCCCCUGCUAUUCCCGCAGUGUUCACAUACAUCUUCUUACUGUGUGUAGCCUCUUUUCUGAGGGCAAGUUUUUCAGACCCAGGAAUCCUUCCUAGAAACAUUCAUCUCACAGAUAGGAUAGCAGAUGGAUCUAUUCCUAACGAAUAUUCAGUGGAGCCAGGCAUUGAUGCGUUUGAUCCGAGAAAGAACACCACUUCUCUGUCAUGCUUCAAGCAGCCAGAAUCAUCAGAAAAUUUGGUAUAUCUCAAAUACUGCUCAACCUGCAAGAUAUGGAGACCCCCUCGAGCCUCCCAUUGUAGCGAUUGUGACAAUUGUGUGGACUUCCACGAUCAUCAUUGCAUCUGGCUCAACAACUGCGUGGGCCGAAAAAACUACCGCUACUUUGUGGCCUUUGUCAUGACCGGAGGACUCUGUGGACUGUACAUUGUUGGAAACAGUAUAGCUCACGUCAUCUGUUACAAGAGACAUAUGCACAUGACCAUUGCUGAGUCAUUGAGACACAGACCGAUGCCUCUGGUGAUGAUUUUUCUGGGCUUUCUAGGAGCUGGCUAUCCUUUGGCAUUGGUAGGCUUCCAUUUGUGGAUUGCAUCGAGGGGGGAGAGCACGCAUGAAUUUGUGAGUAUGAAUCCCGUGACCAAACACGUGGUAGAUGGCCAUGUUGGGGUCACAUUGUCGAAAUGUAAAGUCAUGGGCUCACAUGACGGCUUCAAGCGGUUCUCAGACGCGGUAUUGGCCGUAGUCUGCGCUCGACUUUGUGCUCACGUAUCACCACAUUCUAACCCAGUUACGAAACAAACAACUCCCCAAGGAGUACAAAAGUCGACCUUUCGACACUGGAAACGUUUUUAA